AUGCCUACUAACGGCAAUGUGACGAUGUUCAUAUUGUUAGGGUUGACACCAGAUCCCCAAAAACAAAAACUGGUGUUUUUCAUCUUCUUAAUUUUCUAUGGAGGUACUUUUGUGGGGAAUAUGCUCAUAAUCGUGACCAUCAAGUUCAGCAGGACACUCGGCAGCCCCAUGUACUUCUUCCUGUUUUAUUUGUCCAUGGCUGAUUUCUGUUUUUCCACAUCCAUAGCCCCCAGACUCAUUGUGGAUUCCCUCUCUACCAAAAAACUCAUUUCCUAUAAUGAGUGUAUGACCCAAGUCUUUGCGCUGCAUAUAUUUGGUUGCAUGGAGAUCUUUGUCCUCAUCCUCAUGGCUGCUGAUCGCUAUAUAGCCAUCUGUAAGCCCUUGCGCUACCCAACCAUCAUGAGAAGACAGGUCUGUGUCAUCUUGAUUGUGUUUGCCUGGAUUGGGUCUUUUAUACAUGCCACUGCCCAGAUUGUCUUGCUCUUAAAAUUGCCCUUCUGUGGGCCCAAUUUAAUUGACCAUUAUUGCUGCGAUUUGCAGCCUUUGUUGAAACUUGCUUGCAUGGACACUUACAUGGUCAACCUGCUGUUGGUGUCCAACAGUGGGGUAAUUUGUUCAACCAGUUUCUUGAUUUUGUUGAUCUCAUAUGUUGUCAUCUUGCAUUCACUGCGAAAUCAUAGUGCAGAAGGGAGGAAGAAAGCUCUCUCCACUUGCACAUCUCACAUUAUUGUAGUUAUAAUAUUUUUUGUUCCAUGUAUAUUCAUGUAUACACGUCCUCCUACUACUUUCCCUGUGGAUAAGAUGGUGGCAGUGUUUUAUACCAUUGGAACACCCUUUCUCAACCCACUGAUUUACACACUGAGGAAUGCAGAAGUGAAAAAUGCCAUGAGAAAGUUAUGGAGUGUUAAAAUCAUGACUAAAUGA